CCACCAUUUACAGAUGGCGAGCUUAAAAGGGUUAGUUGUUCUGCUAAUAAUGAUAACCAAGACUUUAGGUUUUUUUUUUUUUUAUUCUUCCAAUAUUCAUUGAACGUUUCCAUUGCCUACUUUGAAAAGAAGAAAAAUACAUAUACUAACUUGAAAAUAACUUCAUUGUCCAAAAUGCUAAACCCAUCAAAACAAAGGUAGGCUUCUCCACCCAUCCACGAAACGCGGAUUUCAGAAAGCAUGCUUGAAAGAGUUUUAAUGGAGUCAACAAUUUAAUAAUGACUGCUAUCAAGGCAUUGUAAAGUAUGAUUAAUACUUUGAGUUCUCUUUUAAAUCAGGAUUCUAGUUUCUCAGUUCAAUAAUGUUUGAAAUAUUUUCUUGCUUUGGAUAUAUGGGUGGAGUUGACUGGGUUUACUUAACUAGUGGACAAAUUGUAGUGAAAGGUGGACAAGAGAUGUGGAUGCAGCACAUGAUAUUUUUUUCUUUCCUCUUUUGAAUGAAUCCUAUUCCUAUGAUGUGGAAAGCAUUUAAUUAUAUUACACUUUACUCUUGCUCAGUUGCAAUUGCUAAUAAUUAUGGACAGGGCUUUUCCCUGAUCUUAACAAGGUUUAUUGCCUCUUUUAUACCCAGAAAAGAGAAGUAUAUAUGUACUUGUAUACAAAAAAAGAUUGUGUCAGAAAUCAGCUUUAUACAGCAGAGGAAAAUAUGUUAGAGGGUGUUUAUGUAUUUAAUCAAAUGUAUAAUUGUACGUAUAUCAAGUUAUAUUGACAAAGAAAGUGAACAACAAUGCUGUCUUUUUAUCAAGUGCCACGUCCAUGUGCCUAAGCGUAGGAUAAGCAUCAUACGAGUCCAGGCUAGCAUUUGCUUCUUGACAAAAGAAUAAGAACAAUGUUGUCUUGUCUAGGCUAUGCAUCAAAGUAAUAUGACCACCAAUUCCAUUAUGUUCAAGCUGUUGCGUGUCUCAUGUUCUAUUUUCCAUUUCUAGUGUUGUGGAGGAAAGAAAUCUCUCUGCAAUUUCCUUUUGCCUGUCUAUACUCGCUCCAAAGAGGAAACUAUAAGAGAAAACUUGAAAUAAGUAAAAGAGCCACCUAGCUAUAUUUCCUCCACAAGCUUGCCAUAUAUCACCAAGUUUUAUUCACAGAGUGGUGUGGUUUAGUUCUGGUUGCUAGAUGUGUCUGGUUGUCCUUUUCCUUGGAAAGCAGCAAACUUCAUACAUAGGCUGGAACUAUUUAGAUUUUUUAGAUUGUUUUUAGCCUUUAGGUAUGCACAAGUAGGCCUAUCUAAAAAUAUCUUAUUGGCUUCUGCUUUUAUUAAUCCUACUUCUUUUCAAUUAUUUUGCUUUCCUGCAGUUCUCUUAUCUACAUCAUUCCAAUUAGUUUCUUGAUUGAAGUUCUGUUACCUUCCUACCAGGAAUUAGUAAUUUUCCCUGGCUUUGACUCCAUUGAACUAUGCUUAUUUUCCAAUAACCAAAAUAUAGUUUCUUUGUGCAACCAGGUAGGAUCUCUUUCAUUUUGCCCUUCUAACAGUGGUUAAAUAAGAUGGAGGAAUAUCCUCAGUUGCUGAAUCUAAAUCCCAUGAACAAUGAAUGGCUUGAAAACAAUAAAGCCUCAGAAGACAGAAAGUUGGAGUUGAGGCUUGGCCCUCCAGGAGAAUUCCUUGGCUACAACAACAAUUCGAUUGAUGGAACAAAGAGAGCUUUCCAACACACAGCUGAAACAAGCAUAGGAGUGAAAGACUGGUCGAGAGAUACUAGAGAAAACCAAUGCCAAAAGAUUUCGUGUAUUAAGAAAACAGGUGAUACCGUGAAUUGUACUCCAAUUCCAUGGCCAUCUGGCUCUACACAAUAUUCUGCUUUUCAGAAAGACACCAAGAAGGAGCCACAACAUUCAAGGGCUUCAUUUUUCCAAAACUUACCAAUCUCCAAGAAGCUUGCUGGCAUGGCCAAGGACUUUUCACAGUCACAGCCAUGUAGCUAUAGGAUGUCAGAGGUUCAGUUUGCUGAUAGGAAAGCAUGUUCUAGUCUUGCUAGUGCUGAUGCAGAUACCACCACAAACAAUACCUCAAAUACAAGAAUUGCAUAUUCCCCAGUUGUUGGGUGGCCUCCAAUUCGGUCAUUCAGGAAAAAUCUUGCAAGCAGCAGCUCGUCCAAACCAGCUUCUGAAUCACCAAAUGAAAAGGAGGAGGACACUGGAGGAAAACCAGAAAAUUCCAAACCUCAGUUGUUUGUAAAGAUCAACAUGGAAGGAAUCCCCAUCGGAAGGAAAGUGAAUCUCGGCGCCUAUAACAGCUAUGAGGAACUCUCACUUGCUAUAGAUGAGCUGUUCAGUGGUCUACUUGCAGCUCAAAGAGAUUCUUCUGCCACCCAAAAUGAAAACAAGAGUGAGGAAUUAGAAAAAGCAGAUGCAGGUUCAUUAGCUGGAUGUGGGGAAUAUACUCUAAUUUAUGAAGAUGAUGAAGGAGACAGGGUGCUUGUUGGGGAUGUCCCAUGGCACAUGUUUGUUUCUACUGCAAAGAGGCUGCAUGUAUUGAAGAGUUCUGAACUUUCAACUCUACGAAUUGGUAGCAAUGAGAAAGAAAAGACACCACUUGAUCCUGCAGUUCAUAUCUGAGGUUGACUUUUAGAAGUGGGGAAAUUUCUUACCUUUCAAGUGGAGAAGUUCUGGUGGCAUGAAGUUCAAAUUUGGGGGUUCAAAAUUUCAAAUCUAUCAUUUGCAAUCCUUUCAUGAAAGUUGACAUAUCAUUCAAAUCUAUCAUUUGCAAUCCUUUCAUGAAAGUUGACAUAUCAUUCAGAUGGUUCGUUAUCUAUGAUGAUCAUAGAAUAAGUUUGUGAAUAUUUGAUGGAUUGCCUGAGAUGUACUUGUAUUAUUUUUUCCAUUUUCUUUUUUUUUUGCACUUUUAGGGGUCAACUAGGUGUUUGAAAAUGGAAGCUUGAUGGGACUUGAUGAUCUCUUUGAAAUGCUUGUAAUUGACUUGGAUUUUGCUCUAAUGAUGCUUUAGAGUGUUUUUCCCUUUCUGAAAUGAAAAGACUCACUGUUCUCUAAUGUAAUUGACUUGGAUUUUGCUCUAAUGAUGCUUGUAAUUGACUUGAUGAUUGAGAAAGAUACUAAUUUCAUAGUAUCCAAAGUCCACCCCCAAGAAAAGGGCGGGGAAAAGUCCACAUUCUUUUGAUUUCUUUUAAACAUUGUCGCUGUUGUUGUUGAUAAAACCACUUCCAAGAUUCAAGAGUAAAA